AUGCGCGUGCACGGAGACAGAGCGCGUACCAGCGGAUAGAAGAGGUCGCAUCUGCCGUGUGCACGCAGCGGGGGGCGCAGGUCAGAAAAACCGCGGACAAUACUGAUCUUAGCAAACCAGUCCUGGAGUGUUGUUUACCAUGCCCUCAAUAGAAAACCGGGAGUAAAACAUCAGCUGGGAUUAUUUUUUCUUUUUUGCUCAUUUUUCUUUUCAUGCUCACAGUUUAAUUUUUGUCUAAUUUUUAAUUUUGAUGUCGAGGACUAAAAAGCAUUACAGAGAAAUUCACUUUCCUUUUACUUAAGCUGCCCCUUUCCAUUAUUAGUAGCCUACAAGUUUCGUGUCACCGACUGAUGGAUAUGUGGUGGAGAGUGGGGCUCGCGCUGGUUAUGUGUUGGGGUCUCACGAGCAGCGAAACCCACGGGCGGAGCGCGAUGCUCAGAGCGCCGGUGCAAAAGCUGGACUUCGGGUUCGUGCCAUCGGUGGUGUACGAAACGCACGCGUAUUAUGAACCGGGUCCCAUCGGUUUACUUUUCCACAUGGUCCACGCGUUUCUGUACGUGGUUCAACCCAAUCCUUUUCCAAAAGAUCUCAUUGUUACAGUUAUCCAGCAGAACAAAGGAGGAAUCAAACUGGAGGACUUCAAGAAGCCCGAAAAUGUUGUAUUGUUGCUACAGGCUAUCUACUAUGAGGUUGGAUUCAUAGUCUUGGCAGUAGUGGGGCUGUUGUUUGUGUUGUUGGUGCCGAUAGUUGGUCUGUGUUUCUGUGUGUGUCGCUGCUGUGAGAACUGUGGGGGUGAGAUGCAUCAAAGACACAAGAAGAACGCAGACUGUCAGCGAGGCUUCUACACAGCCACACUGAUCGCUACCUCCAUCUUCCUCGCAGCGGGGGUGGCAGUCGCCUACACAGCAAACCAGAACAUCACUUCUCAGAUCAAGAGCACCAGACGCCUCAUCAGCACCAACAUAAGAGACCUGAAAUCAUUUGCCAACUACACACCAGCUCAAAUAGACUAUAUUGCUGCACAGUACACAACAGCCAAGAACAAAGUGCUGUCAGACUUAGACAAUAUUGGAACUCUCCUUGGUGGACGUGUUCAUAACCAGCUGGAAAGAGAAGUCGUACCAGCAUUAGAUAAUGCUCUUCGUAUGACAGGAGCCAUGCGAGAGGCUAAGGAAGCACUGGAGACUGUGUCAACAUCACUGGAGACCCUGCAGGAAGGGACCGGCAAACUCCAGAACUCUCUUCAAUCUGAACGCGCCUCUCUAUCAAACACACUGAGUGACCCGGCCUGUUCCAAUGGAGACGUAACACACACUUGCAACACCAUCCGUGGAACCCUCGGCCAGCUCGCUCUCAGCGCAAACUUUCAUGGGUUGCCAGAUGUUGGGGCCCAGUUGGCUAAUCUGGAAGCUGUGCUUCAAACAGAUCUCAGCAAUAUUGUACAGAAGGGCUACUCUUCCUUCAAUGACACACCAAGGAUGGUCACCGAACAGACAAAAGAAAUUGUGGCGGAAGUUAAAGGUCUGCUGGAUAAAGCAGGUGUAGAGAUCAUUGGUUUCACAAAAAGCAUCCCUGUUGAACCAGCAGUUGACAACUUCACAAAGUUCCUGACAGACAGCCAGAAAAAAAUUGAAGCAUUCUACCCUCAGAUUGACCAGAUAGACUUCUACAGAUGGAUUGGGUGUGUUGUGAUUUGCUGUAUGGUCGUAUUGAUUUUAGCAUUUAAUUUCCUGGGUCUGCUUUGUGGAUCGUGUGGCUAUGAUAAAAAUGCCACACCAACCACACGUGGCUGUCUGUCCAACACUGGAGGAAACCUACUAAUGGCUUCUGUCGGCUUCAGCUUCAUCUUCUCCUGGGUGCUCAUGGGAGUUGUAGUCACCACGUUUGUUGCCGGGGGAAACGUAGAGAAGCUUGUGUGUGAGCCACUGGCUAACAGACAGCUGUUUAAGAUCAUCGACACACCAUAUAUGGUACAUCCUGAAAAAAAGAACUUUCUUCCUGGCAUGCUGUUUCAAAAUCCAAACAUUGACCUCACUCCCGGUGAUAUGUACAGAGAUUGCUAUGAGAAUAAUGGCUUAUAUUCAGCUUUACAACUGGAGACCAAUUUCAACUUCAACAGGUUUCUCAAUGUCACAGUGUAUAGCCAAGAACUGGACAAAAUAUUUAACAGUGUGAAUGUGGAUCUCCAGGGAAUAGUUCUCCUGGACCAGGAGGGCAAAGAUAACCUCAUUGACUUUGCCAACACAGGCAUUGGGCAAAUCAACUAUCAGGUUUAUCUAUCAGAGGUAAAUAAAGCAACAACAGUUGUGGAUCUUCUGUCCUACGCCAAUGAACUUGAGGCUCAAGCAGACCGACUGCCACGCGGUGCCCUUGAGAAUGCACUGAAAGGUCAUGCCAGCAGCAUCAGACAAAUACACAAAGAACAAGUUGUGCCAAUGGAGCAGGCCAUGAAAUUUGUGAAAGCAAGGAGCUCUCUAAGUCAGAGCAUCAGACUGCUCCAGACAUCAUCAACAGAUCUGCCUACUAAAGUGAAUAAUGUACUCAAUGCCAUUGAGGCUGCAGAGUAUCUCAUCUCCAACAACGCAUCACAUGUAGUCAAACAGGAGACUAAUAAAUUCAUAAAAAACAUUAUGGGCUAUUUUAUACAAUACACUGACUGGGUCAAGCAUUCUCUGGAGAUGGAAGUCGCCCAAUGCAAACCCAUCGCAAACAUAGUUGACACGCUGGAGAUCGUAGCCUGCAGCUUCAUUGUUGACUCAGUGAACACAUUCUGGUUUGGACUGGGAGGAUGCUGUCUGUUUCUUAUCCCCAGCAUCAUUCUUUGUGUAAAACUGGCCAAAUUCUACCGCAGGAUGGACACUGAGGACGUCUAUGAUGAUAGUAUGGACAUUGUUGUCAGUGGUUAUCAUAGUGAUGCUCUAUAUGGCAUAAGCAACCCUGUGAUGAGCAGCUAUCCAUCUUAUGACACAAUGAGGUGGUAUCCUCGUGCUUCUGCACCCCCGAGACAGCCUGACUGGUGACACAAAUUCACAUACUGUACAUCCUUUCAUUUGUGGCAUACAAUCCCACAUGCGUUCUACAGUGGUACAGAGAACUGGAACUAAAGAGAGUUUUGCAAGGGAACCACUAUUUCACAUUCCAAGAAUGAAGAUAAAAGGGAAUAAACAGCAAUCUGUGAAUUAAAAAUUAUUCAUUCCAGUUUCUCACAAUAAAACAUAUUCAUUAUUUAAGUGAAGAAUUUUCAUAUGUUACAUAUUGUAGAGUUCAUUACACAUGGCAAGUAUAUAUAUAUAUGGAGAUCUUUUCAAAAAGUUUUAUAUGUUUUGUUAACACUUUUUUAGAUUUUUUAUUGGUCUUUAACAUGAUAUAAAAAAGAAACGCCUCAUAAUGUCACUGUAUGCACUGUGAUAUUGUAUUGUUGGUUCUUAUUCUUAGACUCAAACUAAGAAUGUAAUGAUGUUUCUGAACCAAGCAACACACAGUUGUUUAUUUAGAUGAAAUGGUUAAAGCAGAUGACAAUGAAGUAUUUUAUGUAGAAAGGUUAAUCUAUCAAGAUACUUCUUAUUCUUGUGUAAAAUACUACUUUUUAAAUUUUGUUGUUCAGUGAAUACAUUAAGUAUUUAGUAAUUUGUUUCAGAAAUGUUUCAAAGGAAAUGAAAAACCAUUUGAGUAAAAAAUGUGUGUUAAAUGCACUGAAUUGCAAUCGAUAAAAUAAUUUGUUUGCACGUGCUCUUGGGUGUAGUGCCAUAUUCACUAAAGAUAGUGAGCAAAAAAUAAAAUCUGUUAAAAAUAAAACUGGCACUAUUGAAGCAGCAUCUAAAGUGGGCAUUUUUGCGCAGAAACUGAAUGACAAUAUCUUUUUUUUAAAUAUUCAAGGAGCAGUGGCAGUGCUAUUCCGGCAUCUUUUUUAAACUACUGUAGUAUAACAACUGUUUUUCGCUCCUUCAGAUCUUUGUAAAAUAUUAUCGGAUGCCAAAGUCUUAAAAAACUUAAAUGUUUAAAAUGUCCGUCCCUUUAAAACAUAAGAACAGGAUGGUAAAUGAGCUGG